UGGUGUACAGUAUUAGCGGGGAAAAGACGUGAAGUCACGAUGUUUUUAAGUACUGGAAACGUUGGUGUUUACAGAUAUGUUGGAUUUAUUUGUGUGUUUCUGCGGGUGCGGUGACGUGGGUGUGAGCAACAAGUCAUCCCGAUGACGGCACGACGGAGCGUCACGCCGCGUCACGCGCCCGACGCUGUGUUUAAACAGAAGUUCCUGUUCCACAUCCAUGUACGUCGGAGGCUGUCCGAUUCCGCCCCCAUCUAGCGGUGCUGCCAUGGAACUGCAGCAGCCCGUAGAUAGCACCAGACAGCUGACACGGAAACGGAAGAACUCGUACAGCAAAAGCAGUGACCUGGAAGAUGACACUGGAGACGAUGCCAAGUCCGUGCGUACCACCGAGGACAAUAAGAAGCAGAACCACAGUGAAAUAGAGAAGCGACGCCGUGACAAGAUGAACACAUACAUCACAGAACUCUCAGCCAUGGUCCCAAUGUGCCAUGCCAUGUCACGCAAACUGGACAAGCUCACAGUUCUCCGAAUGGCAGUGCAGCACCUCAAGACUAUCCGAGGAGCCGUCCAUUCUUACACAGAGGGUCAUUACAAGCCAGCUUUCCUCUCUGAUCAAGAACUGAAAACUCUCAUACUUCAGGCUGCUGAAGGAUUCCUGUUUGUUGUGGGUUGUGACCGGGGACGCAUUCUCUAUGUGUCAGAAUCAGUGUCUCAAAUUCUGAACUAUUCACAGGGUGAUUUGCUAGGCCAAUCGUGGUUUGAUAUUUUACACCCGAAGGAUGUGGCCAAGGUGAAAGAACAGUUAUCAUCAUCUGACCUCAGUCCACGUGAGCGACUCAUUGAUGCAAAAACAAUGUUGCCAGUGAAGACAGACGUUCCACAGGGUGUGUCACGGCUUUGUCCAGGUGCACGCCGUUCAUUCUUCUGUCGCAUGAAAUGCAAACUGCCAGCACAAGUGAAGGAAGAGGCUGACACUACUACAGGAUGCCAACGGCGCAAGAAGCAGCAGACCCCAGAUAGGAAGUACUGUGUGAUCCAGUGCACAGGCUAUCUGAAGUCGUGGGCACCAGCCAAGAUAGGCUUGGAGGAGUCAGAAGGGGAGGGAGAUGGGGAAGCAUGCAACUUGUCAUGUCUGGUGGCAGUAGGACGUGUACAACCCCAGAUAUCAGCGCCCUACUCCUCGAAAUUUACAGCAAAUUUAUGUCAGAAGCCUAAAGUUCGCACUAUACAGUUCAUAUCCCGUCAUGCCAUGGAUGGAAAGUUCCUUUUUGUUGACCAGAGGGCAACACUAGUGUUGGGUUUCCUGCCACAAGAGCUCCUUGGUACAAGUAUGUAUGAGUAUUACCAUCAAGAUGACAUACUUCAUCUAGCUGAAUCACACAAAGCAGCACUUCAAGCAUCAGAUCGUGUAUCAACUCAGGUUUAUCAGUUUCGAAGCAAAGAUGGUUGUUAUGUAGGCCUACAGAGUGAAUGGAAGUCAUUUAGAAAUCCAUGGACAAAGGAUGUUGAAUACAUGGUAGCCAAAAAUAGUGUUGUUCUGUCUGACGUACGUGUAGUCGAGAGCAGUGCUUCAAGGUCAAAGGAACCAAGCCAGUCACAGCAGAGUUUUGACUUUUUCUCUCAGUCUUCUGGAGGACGAGAUAUGCAGAGGCUCAUCAGUACACAUGUAGAGGCAAGUAAGAUUGGGAGACAAAUAGCUGAGGAAGUGCUGGACUCACAGCGACGUGGAGGGGAUUCAUCAUCUGACAGCAGUCCAUCACCAGAUGCAGAAAGGUCUCUGCCCCCACAGAUCACACAGUCCAGUGCAGAGUCUUUGAUCACAAGCAAUCUUAGUGAAUGCUCACCACAACAAAGAAGUACCUCAGCACUUCAGCAAUCAAAUUACAGCAGCAACAACACCAAUAAGAACACAUCAAUGUUGUUCAGUCAAAUCCGCAACAAUGUCCAGCUCUCAGCUGCUAGUGAGCCAGGUGAGGUGUUCCAUGCAGAACUCUGCUCUGACUCAGGUUUCCGAAGUUCUUCAGGUGUGGAACCAGAUGAUGAGAUGAUGGAAAUGAUAGGAGGUGGUGCUUUACCAGAAUCACCAAACCCUGGUGUUUCCAGUGAUGGCAAUGAUGAAGCUGCAAUGGCUGUGAUUAUGAGUCUUUUGGAAGCAGAUGCUGGUCUUGGUGGACCAGUAGACUUUUCUGGAUUGCCUUGGCCUUUACCCUGAAAUUGAAUUCUUCUUUAUACAAGUAUACAUGUUUCAGGAGGUAGUUCACACACAAAAUGAGAAGAAGAAAAAAAAAUGAAUAUGGAUGGCUUGCCAGUAAUACUGUGCACUAUGUAUGAGACAUGAGGUCAGUAUAUACAUAGACAACAGCAGAAAUUAUCAUAUGUGUAUAUUAAAACUAUUCAUCAUGAUCUGUGAUUAUUAGCCAUAAAGAAAUACGAGUCUUUAAAUAGUGAUAUGUUGAUAUUAGGAAGGAAGAGAUUAUUAGUACAAAUUUUAUGAACUGGGACUAAUGUGAGAUGCCUAUUCUCCAUUCGAGUGUCUGUCAUGUGAUCACACAGGAGGAUUCUUUUCAAUGACUGAUUUUAAAUUCAUGAACUGAAAUUCAACUCAAAAGUUGUAAUAGAAAGUAUGCUCUAGUUCCAGUACUCAAAGUGUUAUGUUAUUGCAAAGUUGCCCCAUCUUUUACUACAGGUUUUAUAACAAAAGACGACGAUAUAUGUGGUGAAAUGUGGGUAUGCAUUGGGCUGGAAUUAUACACAGUCCAGUUGUUUCCCUUGGCUGUUGUGUUAUGCAUGGGAAGAAAUUAUACCAGGAAGGUGGGAGUUAGAUAACAAAGGAAGGUAAAUUUAUUCCUAUGCCUAAACACCAUACCAUAAAUGUGUAUGGAGGCAUGAAGAUAAAUCUGCAUUAUAGAUCAUGGCACUAAUCAGGGAAGAAAGGCCAGUUUUAUAUUCCAUUAUGUUGUCUGAAGAAAGCACAAGUAUGGAGAAGAGAUGUAUAUUGAAAAUAAAGAACUUGACUUCCAUAUGACUCCUGCCCCUUCCUAUUUCUUACCCUUCUGUUGAACUUUACUAUAUCUGUUUUGUAUUCAGCUGGCAUUGGCCACAUAUAAAUAAUCAGAGAUUGCUGAAAAUUUGUUGUAAAGCUACAUGAUGUGGGAUGUAUAGGAGAUGAGGGAAGUGAUUUCUUUGUAACAUCUGACUUUUGCAGUGUUACUGUUUGCACACAGCUUCUCCAGCCAACAACAAGUAGCUAAGUGAAUAGUUUAAGAAUAAUGUUGUAAAUGUAGCAAAGGUUGUGAAUCAUUGUUUCUCAUGAAGAACAUAUUGCAGCAAUAGCAAAAAUCAAAUGUGGUGAGAGGUAGCCUGAAAACCCUUGAAUCUUCUGGAGUCAAGCUACUACAUUGCCUCAUGAUUUGUCCGUCCAAGCUGCUGUGCCUCCCAUCUUAUACGUCUCAAUUUGAGUUCUGACAUUUGUCAAUUAUACGUGUAUAUGGGUCAGUUGGUUAUUGGAUAACAUUUCCUGAAUUGCACAGGCUAUGUAACAUUGCAUGUUAGGAUUGUAAAUGAUAAAUUGGAAAGGUUGUGGAAGUGGUCAUGAUCCCUUUUAAGAAGCUGUCCCAGCAUUUGAUGGACGGGACUGAGGAGAGCUGUGGAACAUCUCAUCCAGAAUAGUCAGUCUUUAAGCUGAGAUUCAGAUCUGGGAUCUUGUGAAUUAUAAGCAGGAAUGCUAACUAUUCAAAUGUAACAUCUGGUAACAGGGGAAUGGACUUAUAUCAUGAAUUGAUAACAGGAUGUGACAGUUGUGUCUGUUUCAAAAACCGGAAGUCUGUAUAAUGAUGCUGGUGGACUGAGUUUAAGUAAUGUAACAUCAAUUCACCAGAUGAAUCAGAAAAUGGUAAUGUGGAAGUAAGAAGUGAACAUUGCUCGAUGCAGCUUUGACCAUUACAAACUGUGUUUGGCAAAUUGGUGAACGUUGAUCUGUGAAGUGGGAGGCUUGCACUGUAUGCAGUCUCAAGAUUCUUGCUCUUUGUUAGCGCACUGCAAGAACUCAUUAUAUGAGUGAAAGAGGAGGGCUUGAAGCCAAUACCUACAAAUGAUAAAGUCUGAAAUCUGAAGGAACAGAAGUUAGCAAGACAGAUUAUUUUAUACAUGGCUAGUAAGUGUCCUUUGUGAUGUUGCAGUGUAUGUAUAUAUUUGAAGUAUGAUUGUUGGAGAGUUGCUUAUAAGUGUCAGUAAAGAUUGUGAAGAAAUAUUAUAUGUACAUACCUGUAAAGUAGAGUCUUAUGGUCCAAUCAGCAAUCUCAAAGAAGAAUGUUAAUGGAGGAACAGUAUAGUCUUCUGUUAUUAUUAUGUAAGAAAGGCAGUUAGGACCAAGUCAUGAUACUGUGUCUGUUAAAUGUGUCAUGUUGUUGAUUUGUUUUAUAAAAGUACCAAGUUUAUUCAAUUGUAUUUUAAAUGUUUUAUAUAUAUAUAUAUAUAGAUAUAUAUGAGAGUAUAAUAAUAUUUAUAUUGAAAUAUACCUGCUAUGUUGUGCAUUACCUUAUUACAGGUUCCAGACUCACUGUGACAAGAUGAUGUGUUGGUGAUGAAUCACAAAUAAUUAAUUACCAUAUUUUCUGGCAUGUAAGUGAUACCGUGGUUUGAAAAGUAAUUGUCCACUGUAAUGUACAUACAGUCUUAUUUUCCCUUUCCAAGCUUGCCUCUAAAAUCACUAAACAUUUUAUGUACCAGCAAAUAUGGUGCAUACAAAUUCCAAACUGUAAACAAUAUUUAAUUUUUCCCAAGAUGGUCAAGACUUUCAUCCAUAUAGCCAUGCCCUUUGAAAAUUGGUUUGCUGCAUUUGAGCUGGUAAGGAACAAGAAGAGGGCUGAGUAUGAUCACAUGCUGACCAGUAUUGGUGACACAGAUGCAACAUCUUUGUGGAAGCCUUCAUUGUUGGAGGACUAGAUGGAUGGGAUCCAGUCAAUGAGUGAAUAAUUAACUACCUCAAGCUCAGAAGCCACUACUGCCAACUCAUGAGAUGUCCGAUGUACACAGAGAUAUACAUAUGUGGAACAUCUGACUGGAUGGAAACAAUGUGCUGUUUACUGAGAUCAAGCAGGAAGGAGGAGGAGCUUCCACACCAGAGCAAUCGCAGUGGCAGUCACGAUGGCGAUAAAGUCUUCUCACACCAACAAUGUGGUGGUAGCGAUCAGUUUGAAAAAUCACGUAAGCACAUCAUCAUACAUGAUGCAUCGAUCAUCUCGUCUGGAAGAAGCGUUACUUUUGGCAACGACAGUUGAUGAUGAGGAGCAGCAGCAGCAGCAGCAAGGAAGGUAAUUGUUCCUUUCAUUGUGUACAAUUGGAAAAAAUUGAGAAGUUAUUACAAAUAUUAAUAUCACAAUUAAUAUAUUUUUCAGAAAGAAGCGUAAGAAAACAUGGAUUCACGACCUUAAUCUACUUCGUGAACAUGAAAGAGAAUUUCAUACUUUAUAUCGGCAACUGCAGCAUCAUGAAGAACGGUUCUAUAUUUACUUUCGGAUGCCAACUGAAUGCUUUGAUGAUCUGCUGGACCUAAUUAGGGGAGAUACUACAUACUACAGGAGGUCUACUGAACCCGUGGAAUGCCUAGUAGUUGCGUUGAAGUAAGGAGGGGCACAGAGAGUUUUCAUUAGAAAAAAAAAAA